GCGGAUUUUUCAAACAGAAAAGAUGUAUCAAGUUACAUUUUGACUCGCCUUCCGCCUUCCCGUUCCCGCUUUUAUAACCUAACAUCAUGGAAGACAUGGAAGAAGAACGAAAAUUAUUUGCUAUAUUCGACUGGGUUGAUGGGUAUUCUGUUCAGACACUAACAGCCAUUGUUAAACCGAGGAAAGAUGUAGGAGACUACGAGAAAGGAGAACGUGUCCAGGCCAAGUGCUAUGGGCAUCCUGGAUUACACUGGGGCACUCUGGCAGCGAUAGAUGGUGAUAAAAUCUGGUUAAAUCAAAAGGCAAAAGGCACAAGACCAAUUAUAGAUGAAAGGACUAACAAUGAUGGAAAGGACACUUCUGCAGAGCAAAAGGAUGAGUCCAGAAAUGAAAUUUCAAACACUAAAAAAAGGAAAAUCAACAAGAGGAUUGAAUUUGAAGGCGAAAAAGACUUGUCAUCAUCUGAAGAAGAAAAAGUAGAAGAAGAAGCAGAUGAAGAUAUGGUGGUCAUAUUACCUCCAAAAAAAAAGGGGAAAACAGUUAAAAUGAUAGAUGAGGGGAAGAAAGCCAAGGCCGAGGCUAGUAAAAAAAAGAGGGAAGUGAACAACGAGAGAAAGAAGGUUGCAGAAAAGUUAUCAAAGGUCAUUCUAGAUACGCCGGAUACAAAAACAUGCAGCUGUAAUCCAGAAACUAUCCAAAGAAUAGAGAAUAAGUUAGACCAGGUUCUUUGUUUGGUGGAAUCCCUUGCAGAAUGCAAAUAUUGUUUAAAAAAGGCAUAUAAGGUGCAUGCUCACUGAUCAGAAGUAAUGUAAGGAGUUUUCAGUUAACAGUUUGCAUGUAAUGGUUUAAGUCGAAACACAUUCCAUUUGUGUUCCUUUGCAUGUCUGCCUACUUUAUCGAUUGACAUAGAUAAUAAGCACUCGAACAAGUGAGAAAGUCCCGGCUGCAUCUACACCAUGUACAUCAUCUGGUAGUUCUGUAACGGUUAAAGAGAUGGUUUCUACUGACAACCACAAAAACCAUGAAAAUGAUAAGAAAGAGACAGAAAAGGAAAAGUCAAUUAGUGACGAUUUAAAUAACAUUUCAGCAAUUGAAGAAACUAGCUUCACAGUUGGAGAAAGGGAUAAAAGUGAUGAGGAUGAAGAAAAAAAUGAUGAAACAACAUUUGUUGGACCCAGAAAAUAUGGGGUAACAAUAUCAACAGAAAUUCUAGAGCGUUCGAAGAAUGUAUCAAAAACGCCUGAAAAGUUGGUCCUGAACAUAAUUAAAUACAUGUUAACGGAUUAUGAAAUUAAUAAUUGUACUGUAUAUGGGAACAAACAGUUCAGGAAGGAGGCGCUUCCUGAACAAAAGAGGAAAGCAAUCAGAAGUGUUGUGCUUGAAACAUUCCCUUCCUGCAAGCUUGAGGAGAUCUGGUGUAGAUUAGUGAUUGUGAUAAAUGACAAAAUUAGAGGACUAAGAAACGGGAAAUAUAAGGACUAGACUUCGUAAUUUUUUGAAUGAUUAAAAAUUAAUUUGGAUUUAAAUUCGUUUUUGUUCAUGCAGGCCAUAAAUUUGUACUUCAUAUUUGCCUGACACACUUGUGAGUAUGAUUUAGCAAUAUUCAAUAGAAAAUUUUAAAAAAAACACAAGCAUGACAAAACAAAAAUAUAAUAUGACAUCAAAUUCACUCAAUAUGGAAAAAACAAUGAAGUUUUUCUGCAGAUGGAAAUCAACACUAACAAAAACAUAUUCUUUGUCCAGUGGUAUUUCAUUGAAAUGUCAGUGAAAUUUCAUUGAAAUAUCAGUGAAAUUUCAUUGAAAUAUCAGUGAAAUUUCAAUGAAAUAUCAGUGAAAUUGCUUCGAGUUAUCAAUGCAUUUCCAUUGGGAUUCCACUGUUUUUUCAGUGGAAUCUGCUGUGGAUUUACACCGAGAUUCCAGUGGAAAUCCAUUGGUAUCCCAAUGAAAUCCUAAGAAAGUCCAAAGAAA